AUGCCACCGUUGCGCCAAGGACGAGCACGCGCCGCCGCCGCCGCCCGUCCCUCGCCGUACCGCGGAGGCUGGCUGUCACGGCGAUGCCGGAGUAGCGGGGCCGACACGGCGGAGUACGACGCCAACGGGACGUCUCUCACGGACGACGCGCUCGCGGCCACUUUCACCCGGCUGCCGAACGCGGCCGACGUAGUCCGCUGCGCCGCGACGUGCAGGCGGUGGGCCAGCGUGGUGGCCAAGGAGGCCAACGCUCUGUCACGAGCGCUUCCGCUUCUCCCCGGCCGGGCCCUCGGCUUUUUCCACAAGGAGCAGGACGCCGCCGCCGUGGCCACCACGCGCAAGCGGAAACGCCGGGCCAUCAUCGUCGACUACUCGACGCCCCCGUGCUUCGUCCCGACGGCGUUCGGCUCUCGCCUCCUCGGCUACAACCUCCCCUCCGCCAGCGCGCUGCCGUUAGGCGUCCAGACCGACGCCCUUGGCCUCCUGGAUCUAUCACUCUCACGCCCAGUGGCCUCCCGCAACGGACGCCUCGUUCUCGAGCUCCAGAGCGAGGAGCAUGUCAACGACGGCAAGCUCAACCUGUGCGUCUGCAACCCCAUGACGGGGGACGUGGCCGUGCUGCCGCCUCUGUCUGGCAAAGACAGGCCCAGGAUGUACGCAUGCACAUUGCUCACCGACGCCGACAUCGACCAACCGCCGCCGUCCGCCAACUUCUUCCGCGUGCUCAUCGUCUACAACCGUGACAGGUUUACCGCGUUCCGUUCCUACUCAUCAGACACCGGCAGCUGGAGCAUGGAGGCGAAGAAGACGCCAGGCCCCAAGCUCACAAACUGGGACCUUGGCAAGCUAGGCCACGGCAUCGUGCUCCACGCCGUCGCCUACUGGCCGCUGCGAAGAACGACACUAGCAGUCUAGCAGUACGCCUCGAGUCCUCGACACGCCGCAGCCGACACAGGUGCGCAUGCCGCUAGACGGCAUUAUCAGCACGAUUCAGCAGUUUCGUCUGCUUGGUGUCACACCUGAACGGAAGCUGUGCUUCAUCGACGCAGCGAAUUCCUCAGGAUAUGUCGGUUUGGCAUCAAUGGUCUUUGAGACCACCGGAGAUGACAUGUGUGGUGGUGCCGGAGAAUGGGUGAGGAAAGGUGGCAUCGGACAAUUGCGCCGCCAGUUCAAGAUUAAGAGUGCGGAUGCCAGUAAACUGCGGUGGUUCUGCGAGAAGAGUUGCACCCUCUUGUUCACCCUCGGCAAAGGAAGCAGUCCCUGGACCUUUGCGCUUAACCUCGGAACAAAGAAAAUCGAGAAGUUGACUACCGGUGUCGACUGCAAUUGGUGGAGAAACUUUGUGGGAUAUGAGAUGGAUGCUGCAGCUUACCUCAUGUCCAUAGCAAGACGCUGAUCAUUCCCUUUCAUGCUUUGGCACGGUUCUGAAAAUGUGAGCACAAGCGAAUGAGUGAUCUACUGAUCUAGUUGUGGCAUUUGUGGGCGCAUUACUCUGGCUGUGUUUAGUUCCAUGCCAAAAUUGAAAGUUUGAAGAGAUUAGAACGAUGCGAUGGAAAAGUUAAAAAUUUGUGUGUAGGAAAGUUUGAUGUG